CGAGCCUUCACAAACAGCAGCUGAAGAAGACCUACUCACAAAGUUCAGUUAAAUCCGCUAAAUCUGUUCACUGUCGUCUUUUGAGGCACUUUUUUUGAAGAUAUUAAAGUUACAGGAGAAAAUUACAAUAAACGAGGAGGAAACGAGAUAAAACGUGCUGUGUGAGAGGGUUACACAAAUGUCGACAUUUGUCCCUCGACAUUAAGAGAGUUGUAAGAGAGUCAGCGGCUGCCAUGUGAUCCGUCUGCCGGAGCCAGCCAGAAUGUCACCCGUCAUUUGUUGCAUGUUGCCCGAUUUCGAAGUUCGCCGGUGAACAGGGUAGCCUCAGCAGGGAGCAACAUGCGCUCCUUAGCGGGACUGGCUGCCAUUGUGGCCGCGGCAAGUGUCUUCCUCUACCUGCUGUCCACUCAUCUUCCCCCGGGACCGACGCACGCCCAGCCGGACUCAGAGGGGGAGGAACACGGGGUCAAGGAGUACAGCCUGAAGUUCCCGUCGGACCUGGAUGAGCUGCGGGAGCUCGCUGAGAUGCUCAAGUUUUAUAAAAGAGAGCAUCACGGGUACGUUCUGCUGCUGUUCUGCAGCGCCUACCUCUACAAACAGUCCUUCGCCAUACCCGGCUCCUCCUUUCUGAACAUGCUAGCUGGUGCAAUAUUUGGACCCUGGGAGGGCCUGGUGUUGGCCUGCCUGCUCACCACUGUUGGCUCCACAUUCUGCUUCCUGCUCUCCUCUGCGUUUGGAAAGCAGCACGUGGUUCGGUUCUUCCCGGAGAAGGUGGCCCAGCUGCAGCGGAAGGUGGAGGAUAAUCGUAGCAGUUUGUUCUUCUUCCUCCUUUUCCUUCGUUUCUUCCCUAUGACUCCUAACUGGUUCCUUAACAUCACCUGUCCCAUCCUCAACAUCUCUAUGCCCAUUUUCUUCUUCUCUGUAUUCAUAGGUUUGAUCCCGUACAACUUCAUCUGUGUUCGCACGGGCUCCAUCCUCUCAGAGAUCUCCUCUCUGGAUGAUAUCUUCUCCUGGGGGACGCUGGCCCAGCUCCUGGCCAUCGCUCUCAUGGCUCUCCUCCCUGGAGCGCUGAUCAAACAGUACAGCAAAGCUCACCUUGACGUGGGCGGCAUGGACUGUAACGGAUCCAGCAAGGCUGAUACCAGGCAGGACCGGAAGAGACGAUGAUUCUGGGAUAAAUGGGGACUCAUAGGGUUUAGGAUUGAAAAACCUCUCUCCACUGGUAGGCCUGUGACCUGUUGUCCACUUCAGCCUUGUGAUUUCAGUAAGGUCCCACCAAAGGCUCAUCAUACUUAAAGUAUGAUCUGUUGUGAAAGUUUGGAAGUGUCUGCAGGUCAUGUGACACCAGGCUUUAAGUCUACAGUUUCCCAAAGAUCUCUCAAUGCCAAUAUAUAGAGCGAGAGUUUUAGGGAAAUCUUCUGAGAUGGGCCCUAAAAUUCCGUAGAUUCAGAAUAAAACAAGGUCUUAAAAGUUGAGUUAAUUGGGCACUUAAAAGUGUCCAAUAGUUCACAUCCUAGAAAAGAAUUCUUUGAUGAUUAAUGAUAUAGUGAUACAGCAGCUUUAGAAAUAAUGAAAUUAUUUUGGUCAUCGUGACCUUGUAUUUGUUGGUGUUUAAAAAACAGUGGAAUGAUCCCAAAACUAUAUCUUCAAUUUCGGUGAAUUGUUGAGAUGAUGUGGAAAGUUAAUAAUGUCUCACUGACAUAAUCACACUGAUCUCAUUUGGAAUUCAUCCCAGGGCCAGCCAUGGGCUGACCUAUGAUGCAAUAACAUGUUAGUGAUCUGUUAUAGAUAGAUAGAUAGAUAGAUAGAUAGAUAGAUAGAUAGCAUUUUAUAGUGUGCGUAGACAUGGAAAGUUGUCUUUCAGUACAAUCGCCAACAAAUACAACACAGCAACCUAAAGACAAAAAGCUAAAACACAUAGGCAUCAUUACAAACAAAUAAAUAAAACAUGAAUAGAUAAUUAAUUAAUAUGAAGAGGGCCCUGUCCUGCAAGAGUGGUCUUAAAUAUCCAUAAAUAUAUGGAUAGAAGUGGGGAGAACUAUCACUUCCUCCUGUGUUGAUUCAGCAGAAAUAUUGACAGAGGAACAAAUGAGUGUUUCUAUUUGUUCUUUCUGCAGUCUGGGACCCUAUAGCGCCUCCCGGAGGGCAGGAGUUGACAUGGGAAGAGAUUUUGUCAGCCAGUCUGACGGUGUGCAGUCAGGCGGUGUUGUGGGUCAUUACGUUGUUUUGCACUUCUUUCUCGGUCGACCAUGUUGUAAAUUCGGACCUUCAGUCCAGUGCGUUUGCCAUUGUGCCAAGAUAUUACUAGAGCUUUAAAAGUAAUUUGCUCUGUGUAAUAAAUAUAAGAGCCUGACCCUGCUGUAGAGAAAUCUGUUACGUUAUGUUACACACUGAUACACUUAGGAGUUUGGAGAUCAGACAAAUACCCAGCUAGACAAUAAUGUCUUUUCUCACAUAUGUUUACUCAGUGACUCAGUAUGCAGCUGUUAUGGUUCCAGGAAUUGCAUGGAAAAAACAUUUUAGCACAUUUGGACUUUUAAAUGUCUCACGAUUGUGUGUGUCUCUGUCUUCUCCUUAAGUACUUACACACAUGUCUUAAUGUAGCUCUGUGCACAUAAGGUGUGAUCUUCUCAACAAAACUAAAUUGCUUACAUACUGUAAUUUGGGCCCAUGGCUUUUACUGUAGGCUUCUGUGGAGGGCUACUAACAGAUAAGGCUAGUUGCCUUGCUCAAAAGCACCUCGACAUCACCUGAAGGAGUUUACCAGUUCUUUUCUUCACUAGACUCCGAUAGACUGAAGGGUUUUACAGUGUAAAUGCUAAAUGGAUGCCAGUGGAACUUGGCAUAAAUACAUAUAUUUUUAACUUAUUAAACUUAUUUUUGAAUUUACAAAAUUCUAAAUGUUACUCUUUAAUAGUAUUUAAUUUAGAGUCUGUCAUGAGAAGAUUACACCGUGUGCUCCUGUGAAUAUGUGGCAUUUAGUGGGAUGUUGCACUUUAUGUCUGUGCCUGUCGGUGCAACUGAUUUACUGUUUAAGUUUGGAAUUGUACUAUGUAUUUAUUCUUAAAUCAGUAUUUUGCAGAGCAGAGAAGUUAUAGAGAAUGGUCUUAAGUUUUAGCUUCUUAUAAAGAAAAAAAUUUUGCACAAGGGACAACUUACUAGUUUUCUCGGAAUUCUGGUGUGACUGUGGCCCUGUUCCCAUCUGGCAUUAACAUGUGUCUGGGGUGAUCCCAUCACCAGUGGACAGCUCUAAGUACGUCUGUUCACGCCUGCCAUUAGGCAUUAGAUAAACAGUUUGCAACCAAUGUCUUUUUACAGAUCUACAUCAUCUAGUACCCGCUGAACACCACAAACCAUUGAAGCUAGAAAAAAAGGCUAGUUUUACAAAAAGGCACUUUAAAAAUACAGCGCUGCGCCAUCAGUGUCUGAUAUCCUAAACAAUAUUUUAACUUAUAAACACUUGAAUGCUACAUUUCAAAUGUUUAGUCACUUAAUUCAUUCAUAAUUAUAGUGUAUAAUGUUAGGAAUUACGCAUAGCUGAUAUUUUUUGAAUUAAGAGUAAAAGUACUGCAGGAAGCCAAAAGUAGUUAUAAUGUAUAGUAUUUUGGAUAGAGAUUAUUAUACUGUAGCCUGUUUUUACAGUUAUGUCCUGGAGUCACGUUUUUAUCCAUCAGUAUAGCUGCUUUCGGCAAAAACAAUAAAAAGGUUCUCGCUCUGUGAGCUUGGUGGUUCAUCUGUUGAUUGUGAAUGUCAAAAAGAUCGAAAGUGCAAAAAAAAAAAAAAAUCAAUUCUACUUCAAUUUUAAUCAGCACAGUCCAGAGGCGGGCUUGUGAAUAUUGUGGAAUUUGAAAAAAGAAAUACAAAAAACGUUUUUUGUUGUUGAAAUGUUGCUUCAAGUUUUAAAAGGCUACAUGUGGGUCUCAUCAAUGUUGUUCUUCUUUUCUUUGACCAAAAGUUAAAGAAAAAACUACUCCAAUGUUUUUUAGGGGAGACACACUCUUUUUUUAAUCCAACAUGUCAUGCACAAUGCAGUUUUUUGUGAAAUGUGUUAACAUGUAAUACAAUCUGUAAUGUCUAUU